AUGACGCGUUACGUGUGUGACAUUGUAAACUGCAAAAAGUCGUUCACUAGGGCCGACCAUCUUGCUCGGCACCGUCUCAAUCACGAGUCGGGAUCUAGGCAUAGAUGUGAGUGGCCCAAUUGUGGAAAAACAUUUGUCAGAAACGAUGUAUACAAAAAGCAUUAUCGUGAACAGCAUGAGCACAAACUGGAGAAGACGGAAAAGAUCUCAAAACCAAGUAGCAAGCCUAUUAGGUUUGUGUUUAUGGAUGAGUCUAAGCUUCCUAAGAUGGAGCCUGAAGAAACAAACUCUAUUUCACCAUUAUUGAACAAUUCGAGUUAUACCCAAAUAGAAACCCCUACAUUGCUGCCAUUUACACCCGUUGACUCCCAAGAAGAUAUGAACCAAAAUAUCGACCCUGCAAACCUUUCUAUUAAUGAGCUUGUGUCUUCGGACGAGCUAAUAAGAUGGCUAUUUGGAGGUAUCGAAAAUAAUUCAGACUCCUCUUCUGCGAACGAGCCCGAAAUCCCACAUUUUCCCUUUAGCAACGAACAGACUGUGAUAGACCAGUCUAUAAUGGAGGGGUUGGAAGAUGCUUUGCCAUCGAUAAAAUUUCAGGAAGACUUCAAGGGCGAAUCUCUACAAUACUAUUUGGAGAUAUACUGGAAAUACUACCACCCGCAGUUUCCUAUAUUGAACAAACCGUCUUUUUCCACCAGAAAAAGCCACCCCAUAUUGAUCUUGUCGAUGAUUACCAUUGGUGCGUAUCUUUCCAGCACCUUGAAGUCAGAUUCUUCACGAAAGGGCCGAUUUUUCUCUGAAAGCAUAGCAGUUCCUCUUCGGUGGGCCAUCUACAAGUCUAAGGAAUUUAAACCUCCUCCAAAACUUUGGGUGGUCCAAUCGUUGGUGCUAUUGCAGACAAAUGAAAUCUGCUGCUCAUCUAGAGAUUUACAUGAGAGAGCUAACUUACACAGGGGCUUAUCCAUUCAGAUGUUGAAAAGAAGCCCUAUGUUUGGGGGUAACCCAUGGGUGAAGCCUUCUGUAAACUCUGGAGAAAACUACCAAAAAGAUGCCACCAUCCCACCAUAUUCAAGCCAGGAACACUGGGACAAAUGGAUUGAAGAUGAGUCCAUGAAGAGGUGUGCUUUGGCCACCUUUUACUUGGAAACCUUACAUGCAGUGGUGUUUGGACAUGAUAUGGUCAUCGACUUACACGACGUUAAACCCACUUUACCUUGUAAUGAGCAUUUUUGGAGAACCGGGAGAUACUCAGAAAAUUGCUUGCAGAAGCCAUUGACGUUGUUGGCAGCCAUAAAAAGUAUCUUACACAAGAAGCCCGUCAAGACUCGAGGUUUUGGCAAAAGAAUCAUUCUUUCCGGUCUUAUUGCAUUGUCGUUUGAAGUCAAGGACCGAGAAUUCGAGUUUUCCAUUUCAGAGCUAAAGUCCGUCAAACAGCUCUGGCAGAGUAAUAUUGAUGAAGCCUUCAAGUUUUGGGACUUAAACUGUUCUUUGUCAGCCCAGAAGAAUGUUAGCCCCAGGAUUUGGUCCGAAACAUACUCGAUUCCGUUACGAGAGCUAUAUGAAAGCUACACUCAAAUGAAACACUAUGACUUCAUGGUGUACGCUGGAGCACCAGGAAGAAUGAAUGUCGAGUUCAAUGAGAAGGAAGUCGAACUAGUCACGUCUCGGAUAGUGGACUGGACGAAUAGCAUCCAAGGUAAGAGGGCGGUUGUGCUUAUCUAUUCGUAUUUCUGUAACUUGUUAUUCGCCGGAGAAAACCAAGAACCACACAACUACGACCCCAAAGAGGACAGAUGUUUUUACAGAAAACAAAUGAUAAGUCAUAUGCUUUCCAUUCUCUGGUGCUACAAUUUCCAUAGCUGUGGGCCCGAAUCUCAUGACUUCAGGUGGAACUCGGAAAACCCAGACCAUAUACCCAGCAAAGAAGAUGGCCACGCUCACCUUCAGCGAGUGAAAGCCGAGUUAACCAUGCUUGCAGGCAAGCCCUUCACCACAGAAAACAUAUAUGAAGACGUAGAACUUUUUGCAGGAGUGUUGGAUUCAGUUUCUGGAAGAGGGAAUAUGGUAGGAUUGUUUCGCAUUUUCAAAACAGAGUACUUGAGUGACUCGUCGGAGAUAGUACGUGAGCAUUCGCGUCUCUUGGAGAACUGCAUCAACCGAAGCUUGGGUUCUAGCAGUAUUUUUUGUAGCAAUAUGUUCGAGUAAUGGAUAAUGAUAAAUGU